AAAAAACCAAACCAAAGACGUUCUUAACAAAAUGGCGAGUGGGCUGUGAAACGAUCGACGCUUUGCGUUUUGUAAUAAUUAUAAGGGUUUAAAACUGUUAUUUGUAUUCUGACUAUGUUUUAAUAGUGUUACGAAAAUGGAUUUCGAUGAAAUUGUAGUAAAAGAAAGCCCCGGCUUGUGCCGGUGCUGUCUUUCUGAGGGAUGUUACAAAGACCUAGGAUCGGAAUAUAGUUGGAUGAGUGAAACCGAAAUUUACGCCGAUAUGUUGCUGGAAUGCUUUGAUAUUAGUAUAUCUCAACACCCGACUGGCCCCAACGGCUCCAACCGGCUGAUCUGCGAGGUGUGCAUCACGCGGCUGCGGGACGCCUGCAACUUUAAGAAGCAAGUGCUUGAGUCGGAGAAGAAGUUCGUGGAUAUGGUGGGCCGGGGGGAGUUCAGGCCAAAAGUGCUGCUCUACCAGACCCAGAUGAAGACUGAACAUAUUAUGGAGCUUGAAGAGGAAACUGGCGCUGACGACAGCGGCGAGGUCGAAUAUCUCGAGGAGGACACAGACUUUGUUGAUGAGGAUCUCCUCAAAAACGAAGACUAUGGUGAAGCCUCCGUGUCUGAAGACAUCACCGUGUCCACCCUGGCGGUGAAGGGCAAGCGCGGCCGGCCCAAGAAAACCGCAGCCAAGCCCGAGAAAAAGGCCAAGGUGGCCAAGACCGAGGAGAAACCCAAGAAAGCUGUUGCUAAAGAUGAAUAUCCGCACCGCCCGUACGACAGCUGUACCUCUCAGCGGCGGAGGAAAAAUUUACAAAUAUUAUUUAAUAACACCUCCGUGAUGCCUUUCAAAUGGCGAGGCACGUACCUAUGUUUCUACUGCGGGAAAAACUAUACAGAGUAUCCGGAGUUCAGAAAGCACACAAAGUCACACGGGCUCUGCUCUACGAACGAUUAUUCCCUUAAAAUUAUUAAAGGGAACCAUAUAGAGAUAAAAAUCGACGUCUCUGAUAUCGUUUGCGAGAUCUGCUGCGAACCCUUUAAUAGUUUUGACGAAGUCGUCGAACAUUUGAACUCGAAACAUGAUCUGAGAUACGACACUAGCGUACAAAUCCCGUUCCAGUUAUACAGACUUUCAGAUUUUCGGUGUUUACUGUGUGAUGAGCAGUUCAAUUACUUUGGAUAUUUGGUAAAACAUGUGAACAGCGUCCAUCCACAGAAUUGCUUCAUAUGCGAUGACUGUGGACUUACUUUCAAUAAGAAAAGAGAUCUCGCUCUGCAUUCGAGAGAUAACCAUCGCCAGGGAGGGUACUCGUGUGACCAAUGCACCAGCAAUUUCAAAACGAAAGGCAUGCUGCGGAAACACCAAAACACAUUCCAUUUCAGGAAAUGCAAAGACUGUUCGUUAACGUUCGCAUCGCAUAGCUUACUACAAAAACACAUACAACUAGAUCAUCCAGACGAUGGCAGUUUAAAGUGUGUUUAUUGUGCGAAGGAACUUCAUUCUAAGCAGGGUCUUAAACAGCAUCUAAAUAAAUGCGAAGUCAGAUUACUUUCCCAAAUCGAUGCCCCUCUACCUAGUAACGCUUUUGAAGAGUCGUACGUCGAGCCCAGAAAGAAACAGAACAUAUUACAAAUUAGGGAAAAUAUCCAAUGCGUACUCAACAUGUCUACCGCUAUACCUUUUAAAUUCUUUUCAAAGUAUUCGUGUUUUUACUGUUCUAAAAAGUUUGUCGAAUUUGAAGAACUUAAAGAACAUACUCUAAGGGAGCACCCGAUUUGCGACGUCAAAUCAAAGUGCAUGAAGAAAUGCAAAGGUGAAAGGAUAAAUGUUAAAGUGGAUGUCGCCAAUUUAGCUUGCAAAAUAUGCUGUCAGCCCAUCGAUGACUUAGAUAUAUUAAUAGACCAUCUCAUAGAUGACCAUAAGGCUAAUUACGACAAGUCUUUAAAACGUUGCUUUGAACCUUUCCGUAUAAUAAAAGACAAUAUGCCAUGUCCCCUGUGUUCCGAUAAAACUUUUAGAUAUUUCAGCACCCUUCUAAGACAUAUCAACUCCGAACACAGCAACAAUAACAGAAUCUGCGAUUUCUGCGGGCGUAGUUUUAAAAAUGUCACCAAUCUCAAAGUUCACAUCACUUACGCUCAUACAGGUUCAUGCGAAUGCGACGUCUGCGGGCUAAAAUUUAAAAACCAAUGGUGUCUCGCGCGACAUAAAGCUAAAACCCACAACGCGAAAGACUACAAGUGCCCUAAAUGCCCCGAACAAUUCCAAUCUCAGUACCACAAGCAGAAGCACUUAAUAACGACCCACGACAUCGGUCACAAGUGCUCCUACUGCGGUAAAAUGUUCACAAGGAACUCCUUUAUGAAGGAUCACAUCCGUAGAACGCAUUUGAAAGAGAAAAACGUGCCUUGUUCCGUUUGUAACGAAAAGUUCUUCGAUAACUAUCUCCUUCGCAUGCACAUGGUAAAGCAUGAGGGAGAGAGAAAGUUCAGCUGCGAAGUUUGUGGUAAGGCGUUUCUCAGACGAAGCAAUCUCAGCUCCCACAUGGACAUGCACAAAAAAUACGGCCAUGUUCAAGUUUAGUUCGAUCUCAUUAGGCGCGUAAGAACUGACUUAUUCAUUAAAAAUAAAUUAGGUUUUAGUUGAUAUUGCAAGUACAAUUUUUUUUAAUUUGUAAAUGACUUACUUAUAAGGUGAUUAUGUCUUCCGUUUGAGUAUUACUACCGUAAAAGUAGUGAUACAAAAGAUAUUCGUUUUAACAUUUACUUAUUUGCUCCACUGAUAUAAAACCAGUAGUCGAAAUGGACAAACCCUUAGAACGGCGGUUCCUAACCUGGGGGUAAUAACCCCUCAUGGGGGUAAAACUGGUAUUUUACGGGGGUAAUAACCUAAUCAAAGAAAAAAUAUAAAGAAAGAAUAUUAAUUAUGGACGAGGGGUAAAAUCAAGUUCCUUAGUUAGUCAAAGGGGUGACAGUACUGAAAACGUUAGGAACCACUGCCUUAGAGCGUUCUCACUUUGUCCGAUCCGAUAUCGGAUGUCAGAUGACACUUUGAAAAAGAGCUGCUAGAGACUGCCCUGUGGCAUCGUAUCCUUUAAUUUUUGCACUAAUGCAUACUUUUGAACAGUUAACAUUUAUAAAAUGAGUUAAUAAAUAUAAAAAGGCACUUCUUACAUUUUGCUUCUUUGUAGUCGUAUCCGAUAUAGGAUCGGAUAUUAUAUGAACACGCUCUUACUCUUUUGAACACCGGAUUUAGUCCAGAAAAAAGGUACUUGUGUUGACUGCUCAAGUGUUACAAAUGUAUAAAUCAUGGAAUGAUAAAUUAAUAAUGUAGGUAUAUAAUAAUGUUGCUCGGUCUCCCAGAUAUUUUAUACUAAAGACAGUAAUGACUGACCAUGUUUUGCCAAUUUUGUGUCAAGAACGCUUGAUUCAUUUUGAAAUGGUACAACGUUAUCGUUUAACUAUUACUUCUAGAUUCUUAACAAUCAAAAAAUUAAAACCAGCUGUCGUUAAAAAUGAGUUCGGUUGAUCCGAAUAGCGCGAGUUAUAUUACGCGAAACUGCGUAGGGGGCGCCACUACCACAAUCCAUCACAAUCGUGAGGGUCUAUGAAACAAUAAUAAGAAAAUCGAAAUUUCUCAAUCUUGUAUAUUCGAGCGAUAAAGAGGCAGAUAACUAAAUUUCGAUUUUCGCGUUUCCCGGUAGGCCCUUUGUAAACAAACCGCCUUGAUGCAUCAAUGUUAUAUUUUAUUAUCAAGACACAGUAUUUAUAAGUUACUACUGGUUACUGGGUUUACGAUAGGUUUACUAGUGCUGCACUCUGGUGGCAGAACAUUGCAGUAAUACUCACUAUUCUUUAUAAAAAAAAAAAAAGAAUUUGAUAGAAUCAAAAUUACUAUAUAUAGUCUGGAGCCAUUUAUUUAUUUUUAUAUCUUUAAAAUAUGAUCUGAUCUUAAAGUAACGUAUUUUUUGUACGUUUAUUUAUUAUAGUUUUUUUAAAUACAGUUAACUGUGUAACUUGAGUUGUGCGAAUGAUAUUUUAAAUAGCUGUAGUUAUGUAAUUCCUUAUGAUUGUAUUUAAGGAGCAUUAUACUAUAAUAGCCUUCUAAGUGAUUAUACUUAGGUUUAAGGAUCUGUCACUGCUAGUACGGCUUAUAAAUAUACGUACUAAAGUUUAA